GGCUAUGUGCCUGAUACUUCCUGUGUACUUCACAAUGUUCGUGAGGACGAGAAAGAGACUUUGCUAUGUGGACAUAGUGAGAAACUGGCAAUAGCCUUUGGUAUCCUCAACACUCCUCCAGGAACCACCAUUAGAGUUUCCAAGAACCUCAGAGUUUGUAACGAUUGCCAUGUUGCCGUUAAGUUUAUUUCAAAGAUAACUGACAGGGAGAUCAUUUUAAGAGAUGUCAGGAGAUUCCAUCAUUUCAGGAAUGGAAGUUGUUCAUGCAAUGAUUAUUGGACACACAGCUUUCUUCCUUGGCCUCUGGUAGCACCUUCUCCUACUUUUUCUUAUUCAGAUUUAUCUUAUUUUGGCUGGAAAACACAUCUGUCAGCUUCUGCACAAUCAAAGAGAAAACAGUACCAAACAGAUCUUCUUCAUGAAAUGGCUAUAUUGAGAGAGUGAGAAUUGUUGCAAGGUGACCACAGCCAUGCAGAUUUGAUGCUUAUGCUUAGUGAUUCGUAUACCAAUAACAACUGAAAGCAGCUGUUCAGAGUCUCACAAUUCAUUAAUUUCAUUCGCACACAUUUCACGACCGAGCAAAAGACUUCAUCGAAAAAAAAAAGAAAAAGAAAAAGAAAAAGAAAAAGAAGUUGACUGUCCAACAAUCAGCCAGCAAAAAGUGCCUUCCGUCCUUGUUUUUGCUAGUUUAAGGACAGGGAAUCAGUGAAGGCUUAUCAUUUUAACUUAUUAUUCAUUGUAGAAACUGUAUGGAGUUUGCAGUUUCCCAACAGCACUGCAGGAAAA